AUGGUCCCCAGUGGUGUGUGGUCAUGGGGUCACAUCAAUGAAUCCAGGAAUUUGUCUAUACAUGAUGUUUCUUUGGAAGCAAAGGAGGAGCCUAUGGAUCAAAAAUUCAUGAAUCAUUUACAGAAAACACCCACAAGACCUCUCCAUGUGGUGCACUUAGAUCUAAAAGGUGCUGCACCCAAAGUGGAAUAUUUUAAACAGAUCUUCCCAUUACUCUCCUCUCUGGGUGCUGAUGGUAUUUUGGUGGAGUAUGAGGAUAUGUUUCCCUAUGAAGGGGAACUUCAGAUCAUUAGGUCACCAUUUGCAUACAGUAUAGAAGAAAUUGAGGAAAUUAAGACCCUGGCCAAACUAAACAAGCUUGAGCUGAUCCCCCUGGUGCAGGUGUUUGGACAUUUAGAGUUUGUUCUGAAACAUGAAAAGUAUUUCCACUUGAGGGAGGUGGCCAUGUUUCCCAAUAGCCUGAAUCCUCUGGCCCCAGGUGCCCUGAAACUGGUUGAAGAAAUGCUAAUUCAGGUCCUACAGAGGCACCCAGAAGCACAGUGGAUCCAUGUUGGAGCUGAUGAGGUUUGGGAUCUUGGAGAGAGUGAAGACUCAAAGCUUUGGUUGAAAGAGAAUGGUGGAGAUGUUGGAGUACUGUUCCUCAGGCAUGUCACAGCAGUUUGUCUUUUCCUGGCUGAGCUGAGAUCUGGUAUAAAAAUACUCUUUUGGGAAGACAUGCUCAGAAAGAUGAGUGCUGUUGCUAUCAAAGAUUCACAACUACCGAAUCUUGCUUUCCCUGUGUUAUGGAACUACCUACCAAACAUGGACAUGGGUAACAUAGGAAAACUCCUGUCUAAAUACCAGGAGGCUGGAUUUUCAGGCAUGUGGUUUGCAAGUGCAUUUAAAGGAGCAUCAGAGGUUGACCAAAUGUGGACUCCAAUAAAUCAUCACUUACAAAAUCAUCUAUCUUUGCUUAAAGUCAUCAAGUCUAUUAUCCAGUAUCCUUCUAUAACUUUGCAAGGCAUUGCCUUAACAGGGUGGCAAAGAUACAGACAUCACACAGUGCUGUGUGAACUGCUCCCUGUGGCCAUCCCAUCUCUAGCUGUCUGCCUGCAAACUCUGAAAUAUGGUUCUUUUAAUUAUGAGGCUGAAAUGGAGGUACAUCAUAUUUUGGGGUGCAAAGUUCAGCUGGACACUAACAGCUGCGAAGGCAGUGGGCAGUUUGCGGGUUCGAAGGUUUACUAUAUGGUGCAUAAGAUCUACUAUGACCUUCAGAGCUCUAUUAAAAAAAUUAUGAAAAACACACACCUAAGAGGUUCUCUCAGCCCCUAUAACCGAAAGUACAGCUUUGCAAACCCUCGAGAUAUUGGACUUUUUAAGGACAAUCUAAAAAAAUUGCUAGAUGAGUGGGAGUCCUUUCUGAAGAUGUUUGAAACAGAGAUGGAGGCCAUCUUCUACCCAGACACUGUGGAGGAGUGGAUGGAGGAGAAUAUCAACCAGCACAUGAACAUGCUUCGUGCCUUGGUGCAAGAUGCUGAGCACAUUGCUAAACUCAAAGGACGGUCAAAGAGUUAUAAUCCUUUUUAA